CUAAAUACACCUACCGCCUCAAAAGAGAAGCGCCCAAAGUCAUGCCGCCUUUGGAGAAUUCUCGGAGACUUUUCGCGUUAGGAAACAUAUCUUGUACCUCUAUCGUGUCCCGGUAUGAAGCGAGAUACGACGGUAUAACCGAAAUACCUACCCGCUGCGCGAUGGAACCGCACGGACCAUAUUUUAUGGUGAUGUGACAUUUGUUUCUGUUUGGUUGAUCCGUCGGUGCAUCCCGAAAUCAUGACAAAGAUAGAUUUUGUUAAAGUCAUAAACUUCUAUACUAUCCAACGCUGGCUGCGCUGUGUAUGGAGCUUUGUAUUCGCUUAAUAUCGACAUGAUGAAUAGAGUAGUCGAAGAACGAAGAAAGUCUCGAAAAUAUGAUAUCCUCCUACUCGGAGCUACCGGGUACACCGGGUUAUUGACCGCUGAGUAUAUUGUUCGGCAUCUUCCCGUUGAUCUGAAAUGGGCCAUUGCUGGUCGGUCAAAGUCCAAGCUGGAAGGUCUCUCUAGCAAGCUCAAAGACCUAGACCCAGAGCGCGUACAACCAGGUAAGCAAUCACUUACGACUCCGCUUCGCUACACCCAUCAUACCGAAUCAACUAAGAAGAAUCAUAUAGAAAUUGAGGUAGUUGAAUUUGAUGAUCUCACUCAACUCGGUUCCGUUGUUAAGAACAGCAAAGUCUGUAUUAGUGUAGUCUUAUACUGGCAAGUUGGAGAAGUCGUUGUAAAAUCUUGCAUCGAGAACGGCACAGAUUACAUCGACGUGGCUGGAGACAUACCACUACUGCGUACGUUCAUCGACAGAUACCACGAUGCGGCUGUAAAUGCUAGCAUUGCCUUAAUUCACCUCUGUGGAGUAUUUUCUGGGCCACAGGAUCUUCUCACCUGGGCUGCAGCGCGGGAGUUGGCGCAGAAGACGUCUCUGAAAACGAAGGAAUUGGUUUUUUCCAUAACAGAAUUCGAGGCUGGUAUGAGUGGUGGCACGGCCAGUUCAUUGUUAGCUGAGAGCACUCAUGACCCCCGUGUUGUUGAGGAAGCAAAACAACCAUGGGUGCUGUCACCCAUUAAGAGACCAAAGACUCCUACACCCGCCGAUUUUCUCGGCAUGCGUAAGGAUCCAACCCUCGGUUUGUUGUCCGCGUCAUCAUUUGGUGCUAUAGAGAACCGGGCAUUGGUGCACAGGACAUGGGCUCUAUUACAAGAUACAGACCAAGGUUACGGGCCAAACUUUCGGUACAAUGAGUACAUCAAAGUUUCUUCCGCAGCAGAUGGAUUGUUGCACAUACUGACACUUGUCCUUAUGAGGGCUGCUCUAAAAUUUGGACCCUCGAGGCGUAUCUUAAGAUUGAUCCUCCCGAAACCUGGAGAAGGACCCGAUAUCGAAAAAGAGCGCUCGUCAAGAGUGAAAUUCGAGGCUAUAGCUAUCGCGGAUAUGAGUAGCGGUAGUGCGCCUCGUGCAUAUGCAAGCUUCUCAUAUCCCUCAGGCGGGUACCACACGACUGGCCUCCUCCUAGCUCAGGCAGCUGCAUCGUUGCUCUACACCAGAAAUCUAGCAGGCCGGUUUUCCGGGGGUUGUCUCACACCAGCCUUCCUCGGUGAGGAUUUCUGGAGGAGAAUUCAAGAAGCGGGCGCAGUCCUUCAAGUCAACAUGGUUUAAGAACAUUUAAGUUUGGAAUUCUACAUACAAAGGUAACUACGGGGUAGAUUGUUAUUUAGUAUGUUCUCGGCCGGUCGAUAGCACGGUUUGGACAGUGGCUGCCAUCAUCUUGAGGUCGAUAUUCAGUAGUUACCUAUGUGGUCAAUCAUCAAGGCAAGGGCUUUAAUUAUGAGCACAGCCUCAGGCGGCCAUGAUUUGGGAUGAGAUGGCUUAGAAUAUUGUUAUAGAUAAGUCAAGUCUGGCUUAUUUUAAC